AUGUUUGCUGAUAAUUUAUAUCUAGCGUUCACAAGCUUAUCAAUACAAAAAGGUAUUUUGCGAUUUUCUCUAUUACUAAAUUUAAACAGUUCGCAAAUAUGUCCCGCUUUGCCUCUAAAUAAAAUGUCAAAUCCCGCGAAAGGCAGAUCUAUCAGCUACUCCUACGAAUUUCUCGGCUCACGAUUUGAGUCAAAACUCGACUUCACAGCCCAAUAUUUCAACUUAUACCGAUCAAGACUCAAUGCUUUACAUUGGAGAUCAAUCGAUACUGCAAAAGCACAGCGGGAUGUUCCAAUUCUGCACCAAAUAAUGGAACUAAAGCCAGACAAUGUUUGCAUAGUCUCAGGCGUCAUUGUGAGAAACCAUAAAACAAGGCCGUCUAUUAUAGAAAAAUAUAUAGCAAAAGUUGGGACUUUGGAGCCUCGUCCCAGCUGCUUUGGGAGUUUUUGUUCUGAAAAAGACGAAAUCUAUUUAGAGGACGAAAGCGGAAGGGUUUUAUUGGAUUUUAGAAACUCAGAAAGUGACUGAAAUGACUUAAUUACUGGAAUUGUAGUAGCCGCUUAUGGAAUUUUGCGAGAAAACGCAGUUUUCGAGACCCUUUCUCUAUAUUACCCACAAGUAGACAGGCCACUUCCACUAGAAAAAGCAGGUGAGGAGUAUAUAUGCUUUGUAUCAGGCUUAGAAAUUGGUAGUCCUUAUUAUGAUAUGAUUCUUCUGCAUCUCCUAGCUCAAUUUAUACAAGGGAAUUUAGGUACUCAGUCCUAUGAUGAGGCUAGUAAAAUUGUAAGACUGGUCAUUUUGGGUGAUUCAAUAUAUAAGCCAGACACAGCCAGGACUGUCGAUAGAAAAGAUUAAGAUUAAGAUUAAGAUUACGCUGGGUAUUUAAGGUCCCCUACUACGUCCGAGGUCGCAUGCCACGGUUACCCGUGUGGUGGCAGAGCGUUCACCAAGCCCGGGCCGAACCCCCGGUUUCUCGGUAGAGGCAUUGUCAAGGGCCGUCUUAUACCGGCUUUGCUGACCACCUCCAUUUCCAACUUGGAUCGUCGCCUAAGUUUACGCCAACUCCGCUUCGUCGUCCGCCAGAUCUGCCCAUUGAAGGGCACCUUUUCAACUGGAGAGACCCCCGUUUUGGUGUCUAACUCGCCUCCCCUCUUUUCCGGUCAUCCCGAGAAAGAACUCAACAGCUUUCGCCAUUCGGGGCGAGCCACUAAAGCAGCUUAGGCAGGUAAUUCACCCUGCCUCAUUUCGGGCACUCACUGGGCUGAGCGCUGCUGGCAAAAAGAAGUCACGAAUAACUGCCCAUGGGUCUGGUCGCAAAAACAGCGGUUCUCGCGCUUAGGCCUCUCGCUUCGAGGUCCCGGACGUUGUUGGGCUAAUUCCUGGCUCCAAAAACCAUGCCCGGAUAUACAUGGGUAACCACCACUGAGAGGGUGGGUCGGUCGCCAUACGCCAUUUUAUGUAUAUGGACUGUCGAUAGAAAAGCUAUAGGUGACCAAGUCAUCAGAGGAUUUACCGAAAUUAACGAAUCCUUGAAAUUUCUUGACACUUUUCUAGCUGAACUAGCAGGGACUAUCCCAGUUGACAUUAUUCCUGGAGAAAUGGACCCUUCAAACUGCUCUUUACCUCAGCAGCCUUUAAAUCCUUAUUUAUUCCCUAUAGCAAGCAGAUAUUCUGCCUUGCAGUCUUUUCCGAAUCCUUAUGAAUUUACUAUUGAUAAAUGCAGAAUUUUGUGUACGGCUGGACAAAAUAUUUCUAUGUAUUCGCAUUAUGCGCCGCCUGAUAAGACUUUUGCUGAGCUUAUGGCGCUAAAUGUGAAGCAUAGACAUAUAGCGGCAAAUGCCCCAGAUGCACUGCAGUGUAUCCCUAUGCAGGAUAAAGACCCGUUUAUUUUGGAUAAUUUGCCACACUUGUAUGUGGUUGGGAAUUUAGGGAGUUAUCAGACAGGAAUGGAAGAUGGGGUUAAACUGGUUGCUGUCCCGAGGUUUUCGAGCCCUGGGCAUAAUAUUGUGCUUGUGAAUAGGUUUACGUUAGAGUCAAAAACCAUAUCAUUUGAGUCAAUGAUUGAUUAA